AUGUACACGAGAAAGAUAGGGGCGCGAAGUUGUUUUCCUUUAUUACCCACACACGCGAACGAAACCGAGGUUCUCGGCACCGUAAAAGUGAUCGUGCGCUUGCAGGCUUGGGCCCUAAACUUACCUUCGGUGUGCCUCUUGUUCACGUCGUGCCGCGAACAUACACUCAAAGCAAGAAAACGAAGAACUAUGGGACCCAUCUUCAAUAGAACGCUGCCUUCUCCUCCUUUGUCUCCGUGGACGCCUGUCACUACUUCUGGUGGUCUCACAGGAGAUGGUUCAACAAAGCAGUCUAUGAUACUUACAGCCACCCUCUGCUUUCCCCCAGGGACUUCUAGCUUCUACAAGUUUGGCCUUCUUAUGGAGGCUGACCUUAUAAAGUGGUUAAAUGAAACAAUACAGUUGGAAUGCUGGCAGGACAUCUUUGCCUACCCUAUUGAGCAACAACGCAGCGAUUCUAUAGAUUGGGAGGCAGAUAAUGUGAUUACCUGUGCUGCCAAGUGUCUGGGUGCCUCCUGUUCUUUGGUGGAAAGGGGACGGGACGGUCUGCAAGUCCACCUGCUCACUAUCGGCUGUGAUGCCAAUGUAAAUGUUCACUGCGAGCUACCGACGACCGUGGAGGAUACAGUUCGAACUGGCAUAAAAAGCUAUGACUUUUACACUUCUCUUAUUAUUGUACAUCUGUAUGCAUCUGUAAUGGAGAAUCAUGGAACUGUGAGGUCGACUCGUGGUCAUGAAUUUACCAGUGUUGUUCUCAAAGACCACUUCAACAUGUCGACUGGCAGCGCUGAGCUGGUGCCACGAGCUCUAUAUGUGAUGCUCUCGCGCAGAUCGCCGGGAUGGAAGGGCACUUCGGCUUCACGGUCGAAGAAGUGGCCCAUUUUGAGCAUGGAUGAGCAAUCGCUUAAGGGCUAA